AUGGCCUGCAUCAAGACACCCUGGUCCAUCAGGGGCUCCUGCGAUGAAAUUAACAAUAAGGCUGAGUCUACUCGGAAUAUCAUUCAGAUCUACACCGAUUGGGCAAAUCAUUAUUUGGAACGAGGCGGUUGUAAAAGGCGAGUCACAGACCUUCAGGCUGAUCUUUGUGAUGGGGUUCUUCUUGCAGACCUUGUCGAGGCUGUCACAAAUCAGAAAGUGAUUGAUGUUAAUCGGAAGCCCAAGAGUGCUCAGCAAAUGGUCGAAAACGUGAGCUUGUGCGUGGGUGCCCUGCGGGCACUUGGUGCGGAUGUUGGGGCUGUGAAUCCUGGCGAAUUGGCCACAGGAUCAACCCUUCGACCCGUCCUUGCUCUACUCUUUGCACUCUCUAGGCACAAGCAGAGAGCAAAACAGCUUCAGGACAUGCCUCGAUUGCCGUCACCCUAUAACAAGCAGACGAUCGUUGGUACGGGAAGUGGUCCGGGGGGUACUAGCAUCCCCCUACCUGCCACCGUAGCAGCGACAAGAAGAUGCCCUCCGGACAAAGUCAGACCAGCACCAUCCCCUGGCCAUCAAACACAGCUGGGAGGAUUGAAGCACGGAAACGGCGGAAUUGGCAGUGCCAGCAGUUCCAGAAGUACAAGUCCAAGUCAACAACAACCUCCCCAAGGGGGUCUUUCAUUUAUUCCACAGCCGAGGAGUCAAAACUCCACCAACAGACAACCUCCCGCUACUACCCCGAGUCCUCGAACAUCGACCGUGGGCCGUCCUGUUGGUCUGAGAGCUCCACAACCUUCACCAUAUGCAACUCCAGCAGCUCCAGUUCAACAAAACAAAAACUCAGUCCUCGAUAAGUUCAAGCUCUUUAACAAUAAGGAUAAAAAUCAAGAUCGUACGAAACAAACCUCUUCCGGUGUCUCAAAACGAACCUCAAGUUCUUCCGGUUUCUCAUCCGCACGUUCCGAGCAUUCUGACAGUUCAACGUCUCUCUGCGAUCAGAGUAAAACUCAUGUCGAAGCCCCGAAAACAAAAGCCCUAAAAUCCAAGCUCCAAGCCAAGCCAACGAAGCAAGUUAGUCCAAAAACUGCAAGAAAGGAGCAAGCCAAGGCUCAAAGUAAAAUAGGGAGGACGAAAGCGCCCGAGAAACUAGCCUACAAUUCAACCUCUGAGGAUGUUAAGACCACCAGUAAAAUUGCGAACAUCGGAACGAAGCUCAGUGGCGAGAAGAAAGGUUCCAACUUCGAUCUCUUGAAACAGUCAAUUCAGCUACAAAAAUCCAACUCUUCCCUACCAUCUCUAAAACAAGUUCCACAGGAAACGAAGAUCCUUCUGGGUUCGAAAACCGAGAAGUCUCUACAACGGCCGAAAAUGGAACUUCCUGCAAAGAUAUCUGAUCCUAGAAUACACCUACAAUCACUGAAAGCUCCACCUAACGGGAUAAACAAGGAUAUUUUAAUGCAGAAAGAUCAGGAUGAAAUGAUCAAAGAUCCUGAUGAGACCUUCGAUAAAACUCUCACGAUGAACCAAACCAAUCAGAGUUUAUCUGAAGAAAAAGCUUGCGAGGAAGUCUCGAAAGGCAAGCAGAGUCCGAUCCAACAAUCCCAUCAUCAUUGUAUGGAUUUGAUUAUAGAGAAGAAUGAAUCCAGUUUCAAGGAUUCAGUAGAUCAAAAUAAAGGAAGUCAUCUCGAAAAUAAAGGUUCCCAUCCGCAGAAUGAGGAAAUGCUCGGAUCUGUUCAAAUUCAAAUUCCAAAUAGUCCAAUGAGCAAGCAUGUUCUGAAUAGUCCUCCAGGAUCGAAUAUAGUUGCGCCGGGCAUUAGUCCAGGGUCUAGCAUCCCGAAACCUACAGCUCUGGUGAAGGGAACGUCGAAACCACCGAAGGAGAAUAAUGUGCCGAAUAUCCCAACUCCGACGAAGCACAAGAGUGAUACGCUGCACCGGAAACUAGACCCAAACACGGUCGCGAUGGUCUCACCGAUGCCAAGCAUCUCGGAUUUGAUGUCUGAAAGUUCGCACAGUAAUUCCAACAGUACUGGACAGAGCAAUUCAAGCGACAGUAGCGUCAUCUACAGGCCCAGUAGCGAGAGCGGAAGUGAGAUCAAAACGAUACCCAACAGGAAGAUCGACACAACCUUUGAACACAUGGAGAAGGUUUUAUCAGAAAGUUCGACCGGCGGCGGUUCGGUUGCUGACGACGAGGCGGAGAUGACGGUGAAGCCAAUGCAGCCUCUUCUUCGAGGCUACACGCCAGGUUCUCGGGGUCUCCAGACCCUGCCAAGCAGAACCACUACUCGGCAGUAUACCAUUCUGCAUUCCUCGUCACAUCAUCACGUAGGGCAUGACUAUGCGGACAUUGACAUCGCCUCGGGGUACCUCAGUGACGGAGAGGUUCUCCGAGGUGGAAUGAACGUCAGCAGCAGGACUAUCUCCGAUUUAUGCGAUGGCUACAUGUCCGAGAGUGGCGCUUCGGUUUAUGCCCGCAGGGUGAAUCCAUCUUACGGACAUGAUCACGAGAGAUACGUGGGAGGAUCGAGGCGAGAGUUAUCAGGAGUAAAGGAAGUAGUCACCUCCUCGAGGAGGGUUCAGAGGAAGCCGUCUACAAGUGGAAGGUCUGAUGGGGGUUCUGGACUCCAAGGAGGUUUGUUAGGUGGUUGCAGUGGAGGAAGUGACGCCCUGGCGGAACUCACCAUCGAGGACCUGGCCUCUAUUCCUGCCAGCAAUCAUUCUGCCACAAAUCACACUGGACAUCCCUCCCAUCAUAAGAGGGUGCCAGGAGGUGGUAGCGUGGUCGUGGGGGGUGGCAGUGGCUUGGCCACCCCCCCAGGGGUACAACAGGGUAACAACCUCGUCUACCGGGUGGUAAGUUCGAGGCAUCCUGGUAGUAGUCAUCAUUCUCACAUCAAGAAAUCAGAUAGUUCUCAACAAACUGAAAACUCGGCCUUCAAACAGCAACAGCAACAACAUCAUCAACAGCAGCAACUACAGCAGCAGCAGCAGCAGCAGCAGCAGCAGCAACAACAAAAUAAUUCAAAUAGUAUUUCUAACAGUCAGCAAUGGAAAAAAUACAUCGAAGCAGGAGCAGCCAGAGACAGAGACAAGGAGGGCGCACCCCCGAGCCCUAGUCCUUCCAGGCGAUCACAGGAGAAGCAUCGUAAACAGGCCAUGGCCGAAUACGCAAAUGGGGAAAAGCCUCAGAAAGUAUCAUCAGGAACGUCAACAGGAAGUAGCAAAGUACGAGGAGUACCUCAAAGUUUCGGAUACGUAAAGAGACACAGUGCAGGCACGAGUCCAAGUCCUAAUGGAAUUCAAAAUGGCUCAAAGGAUCCGACACGAACAGCACAAGUCAGUGCUGUUCCAAGAACAAAGGUGAAAGUAUCUGGUGGCACGCAGACUUGCACCACCGAGCUUCAGGCCAACUCCUCCAGCUCCAGCCAAGGUCACCACUACAAAAGCUACAGCCUGACUGGUGCAAGUGCCAGUCAGCUUUCCCAGUCAGUCCGAGAUCGUCUGAUGCUGGGUUCGCAAAGUCUUCCCAAGCCAGGAAGUCCGGAAUUCACGGCCUUCUUCGCAGCAGCUCAUCAUCGGGAACGCGGAAAUGGCGGAGGGCCGGCAUCUUCAAGCUUUUCUCCCAGAGUUCUCAAACCAUCUGAUGGAAGUCUCAGUGACACUUGUAGCACCUAUGCAGCACCGGAUCUCCAGGGUUAUUAUGGAAGCCCUAACAGUCCAUAUACGACAUCCUGGAUGAGACACAGCAACACCUAUACACCUAGUGGUCGAUCACAAGGAAUGGGACUCUGUGAAGCUGACAGUGUCGAAUCGUUAGGAUCUCACAGAGCAAGUUUAACGCAUGCUCGACUUCUGAUGCACCAGAGAGACUCGACAGGAUCACCUGCUCCUCCGCGACUCAACAGAAGUAAUUCCAUCAGAUCAACUAAGAGCGAAAAAAUGUAUCCCUCAAUGUUAGCCCGUGGAAGUGGCACAUCGUCUUCCGUGGGUGAGGAAGUGGGUAUUGGAAUCGGUGUUGGUGUGGAACCUUAUUACAGCGUUCCUGUUGGCACUACUGGAUGUCCAGGUCAACAUUGGUCUCAGCCAACGUCUCCAACACCGGCGCACGCGUCCAGACAGCCUCCUAACCUUUAUCAACAUGUUCACAAGGAUGACGAUAUUCAUGGAUCUUCAGUUUCCCUGGUAUCAACAGCAAGCAGCCUCUACAGUUCUGCAGAAGAAAAGCAAGCACAUGAAUUGAGGAAAUUGCGACGUGAAUUACUCGAUGCCCAAGAAAAAGUUCAUUCGCUGACGAGCCAACUCUCAACUAACGCCCAUGUCGUUUCAGCCUUCGAACAAUCUUUAUCCAACAUGACCCAGAGGCUACAACAACUCACAGCGACUGCUGAGAAAAAAGAUACAGAAUUGCAGGAAUUGAGAGACACAAUCGAGAGGCUACGAAAGCAGAGUGCAGAGGCUGGCCUGAACAAUGGUCGAAGACACACUCUCGGCGAUUCUGAUUCUGGAACAACCGGAUGUACGGGAAAUAGCAAUCAUCAAGGAACAUCAAUAGCGAGACAAUUGUCAGCCGACAGUGUCACUUCCCUGAACUCUCUGAGCAGCGCUUGUUCCAUUAACAGUCACCACAAAAAGAAAGGCUGGCUUCGAAGUUCUUUUUCUAAGGCAUUCUCUAGGUCUCGUAAGAAUCGACACGGUUCAGUAUCCGAUGCCGAGGAUUGCAAAGAAGGUCCAGGGGAGUUGAGUGCGCCCAACAGUCCGAGGCUUCCGACGGCCGCGAAGCACGAAAAGUCUCAGGACCGAAACCAAAACUCGACGAGCAAUGGUCAAAAAUCUCCUGAGCACGACAACUCGAUUUCAGGCAGCAAGAGCAGUUCCGCUCUCUUCAAGGCCGAGGACGAGGAUGUGGACGAGUUGAAAAAACAACUUCGGGAAAAGGACAUGGUCUUGACGGACAUCAGGCUCGAGGCGCUUUCUUCAGCUCAUCAGCUCGAAUCUCUUAAGGACACUGUCAUAAAGAUGAGGAACGAGAUGCUGAAUCUGAAGCAGAACAACGAGCGCUUGCAAAGACUGGUGACCUCAAAGUCUCUGACCUCGUCGCAAUCUUCUUUGCCGAGCGACCCGGAACGACGCUUCAGCAUGACGGAGGCCGCUUCUACCGUCGCAGCGUUAUCGAACGGUGAUCACAAUUCAAGAUCUGAUCAGUUGGAAGUCUUGAAUAUCCCCGAGCAACCUGUAAUUCCUUCCGCAACAUCGACAACAAACGAAGCCGUAAUAGAGCAAGAAACUGACGGGAAGCGAAUUAAUGUUGCGGUUUAUCUCGGAAGUGAGAGAAGCUUCAAGUUCAGCCUGGGCAACUCCACGGAAGGUGCUGGUGAUCCUCCUCACUGUGUGAUAGCCAGUGUUUGUAUUUCUAAUAAAACUACCUGGGACAGUCUUGAUUCGACUGUCCGAAGGUGUUUUAAGGACUACCUUUUGAGAGUUGAUCCGAUGACGAACCUUGGACUGGGUGUUGAGUGCAUUGCGGCUUAUCAUCUUGGCGAAGCUUCAAGAUGUAUCACCGAUUCCCAGCAUCCGGAGUUGUUACCUUGUGGCUACCUAGUUGGUCACGUUAAAUCGAUGUACUUAGUUCUGUCUGGUUACUCGUGGCUCGCAGUGGACACUCUUAUUCCAAGAUCCAUUGUCCAAAGACAAGUGAAUCAUCUCACCGAACACCGAAGAGUUAUUCUCUGCGGUCCAAGUGGCACAGGAAAAAGCUACCUUGCUGGAAAACUUGCUCAUGCCCUAGUGGAUACUGCAGACGCCGAAAAUAAAGACGCUGCUGCCGUUGCGACCUAUAACGUAGACCAUAAAUCUAGCAAAGAACUUAGACAAUACCUCACUCACAUUGCGGAAAGGUGCGAUUCGAAUGCUGCCGAUGAACUGCCGCGAGUUAUCAUUCUUGAGAAUCUUCAGCAUGCUGCCUCCCUUAGCGAAUUAUUUAGCGGCCUUCUUGGCACUCGACAUUCCACUUGUCCUGCAAUUAUUGGCACCAUGAGUCAAGCCUCGUGCAGCACGACGAAUCUUCAAUUACACCAUAAUUUCCGCUUAUGGAAAGAAAUCUGUCCCUCUGCUGAUGAACGCGACUGGGUGCUUUGUGCUAAUCACAUGGAGCCAGUGAAAGGAUUCCUAGGUAGAUACUUGCGUCGAAAAUUGCUGGAACACGAAUUACGUGAAUCUGGCGCAACGAGAAGCGCAGAAAUGGCUGCCGUUGUUGAAUGGUUGCCACGAGUUUGGUUACAUCUCAACAAAUUCUUAGAAACCCACAGCAGUUCCGACGUGACAAUAGGUCCAAGGCUUUUCCUAUCUUGUCCGAUGGAAGUUUCUGGAUCCCAAGUUUGGUUCACGGAUUUGUGGAAUUAUUCUGUGAUCCCAUACCUGGUGGAAGCGGUUAGGGAAGGUCUGACUCUUUACGGAAGGAGGGCGAGUGGAAGUGGAAAUGGUGACUCGGUUUGGGAAGAUCCAGCCCAGUUUAUCAUUUCAAGCUACCCUUGGAUUUCCACUCAUGCAGUUCAUGGUGGAAGUGAUGCCCUUCUGAGACUCAGACCAGAAGAUGUCGGCUAUGAUGUUGUUACUUCCGGUCAUUCGUCUGGCGUGGGAGCUUCCAGUGUCAAAAGUCUCGGCAGCACACACAGCGAUACAGAAGGUGAUCCUUUGUUGAACAUGCUGAUGAGACUUCAGGAAGCAGCAAAUUAUUCGAGUCCCCACAGCAACGACAGCGACUCCGUAACUUCAAUGGAUUCCUCUCAUACUCGUCAUUCCGAGGACAUGAGCUCUUCGACCUCAUCCUCGAGAGGUGUUGAAUCCGCUCUUUAGAGCAAUUCGAGGGUCGUAAGCUACGAGACAAUAGACGUCACUGAAAUCUCGCAAUUUUUCGAUCACUUCAAAUAAUCGAUGUCGAAUAAUUAACACAAUAAAAAUAAUCGAUUCACAUCCGGUUUUCCCUUAGGGAAUAUUCUGAAAAAAAUAGAGAGGCAUGCUAGAAGACUGCGCUUUUUUCCAGCAAAACUUAUUUUUUGUACAUAAACAAGAAGCAUCAUUUAAAAAUAAGUAAGCAUUUCCAGCAAAUCAUGCGAAUAUACACCUUCGAAACGAAGAGAUAACUUUUUUUAAACGAAAGUCACCUCAAAAGGCCUAUUUAAAUUUUUACAGUUUCUAAAAUAUUUCUAAAUAGUCUAAAAAAAACAAGAAAUGUUUACAUUCAUAUCGAGCCUAAUAGGAAACAUUUUCUAUCAUGCGACCUAGACAUAAUUAUGCAAUACAAUAAGACACAACGCUGCUGUGACAGAAAAAUGAUUGUAUUUUUUACGAAACUUGUUUUUUACUUUGAAGCCUCGACGACGCAAUGCAACGCAAUGCAAGAGAAUGUGAAUCGUUUUUAGGAACUCCGAUGAGAGACACAGUAUUAAAGGACGGAAAGCGCCAGCUUCAAACCGGAUGCUGCGAAACUUCUCGUCCAUAAUUUGACCAAUAGCUGCACUAACGAAGCAAGCGUUCCGGGUAUGUUGCUCGGCCUUUGCGAAAAAGAAGCCGACCCGGUGAAAAAUUGAUCCAAUUUUAUCGCGCACUUUUACAUAUUUCAAUGUUCAAGUAAAAGGCUUGAAAAUUGGCGAAAUUUUUCGAUCGGGAAAGCUGCUAGAAGCAAGCUCUGCUGCAAAUGUGCGUGCAAAAAUAUAGUCUAUUUAUACAUGUAAUAAUAAUUUACUAAGAAAACUCUAUUUAAUGAACAGAAUGUUAAUAUAAUAUUAAUAUAUUAUAUGUAUACAAAACACGGCGCUGAAUUUUAUAUGUACAUGUAUGUGAACACGUAAAAUUUAUAUGAUUAGUCGGUAAGAUACGUGAGUAAAUCUGGUCAUAUUUGAUAUUGUAAAUAUAUUUUAAUCGAGGGAAAUUCAAGCGCCGGUGCAAUUAUGUGACGACAAGGAUGGAGAAAGACGACGGAAAUCUAAAAUCAAUGACACGAAUAAAAGACUAGGCAAUAAAUUGGACGCGGAUUGUGGUGGGAAGAUAGCGAGUGCGCCUUCAAUUUUUCGAGGAGAUUCUACGAGUACGGGUAAGAUUAUUAAUAUUGUAAAUGUAGCGAAUUCCAAGUUUUGGGAGGAUUUCGACUGCAAGAGGACGAUGUAAACUGGUAUAUUUGAAAAGCGAUGUGCUCGUAUUGUAACGAAUAUUCAGACGCAUUUACAGGUUGUUUUUUUAAGUUUUUACCGUAUUUAUAUAUUCCACGGCGCCGCACCCGAAACUCUAUCCAAAUAUUAUUACUGUGUCAUAAAAUAAAAACAUUGACCUAUAUAA